AUGAGCGAGGAGCAACAACAACAGCAGGGGAAUAGUGAUAAUGUGGAGAUGGAUGGUGCCAGUCUGGAUCAGAUGGAUGUGGAAGAGGAAAUGGAUGAAUUUAACGAUAAUGAAGAUGCGCCAAUACUGUUAGCUGACGACGGUAAUAAAGGCGACAAGAGUGACAAGAAUGUUAAAAUAGACAAUGGGAGUGGCAAUCUUUUUGAUUUGCCCGAAUUCACGAGGAAAGAUAAGAGUCUGGAAGAGAUAUUGAAUCUCAUGGAAGAUAACCCUCCAAUUAUACCUGACGCAGUCAUUGACUACUACAUGAGGAAGAAUGGGUUUGAUUGUGCUGACGUAAGGGUGAAAAGGCUGCUGGCUCUAGCUACACAGAAGUUCAUCAGCGACAUUGCGAACGAUGCGUACGAAUAUUCAAGAAUAAGAUCCACUGUUGCUGUGAGCAACGCCAACAACGGACAAGCUAGGGCUCGACAGUUGAUGCUGGGACAACAACAGCCGGGGCAGCAACAGUUCUCACAACAGCAGCAGCAGCAAAAUGAGAAAAACAAUGCAAGCAAAGUCGUUCUGACCGUAAAUGAUCUAAGUAAUGCAGUGUCGGAAUAUGGCUUAAAUAUAGGGCGUCCAGAUUUCUAUCGUUAG